AUGGCCAACCUCAACCGCUUCAACCCCUUUGGUCGGCGCGAGGCGCACUCGACUGCCGCCGUCACCACCUACAAGGUCCUCAGCCUGCUCACCUGGCUCCUCUCCGUCUUCGUCUCGGUCUGGUACACGGUCCACGGCCAGAUCUGGAACAUCAACUACCUCCACCGCAGCGCCUUUACCAUGAACUCGGUUCUUGCCUCCAUCUUCUGGAUCGUCCUCUUCCUCCUCCAGCUCGGCUACAUUGGCCACCUCUUCUCCAACAACACCGAGAUUGUCCACGCCGCCUCGAGCGUCGGCAGCCACUUCAUCGUCAACAACCUGCUGCACGCCCUCUUCGUCUACCUCUUUGUCCACCCGCACUUUCACUGGGCCGAGGUGGUGCUCAUCCUCAACUUCAUCAACCUCGUCUCGCUCUACUUCCGCCACAACACCUACCCGCGCUUCAUCCACGCCCCCGUCGUCUCGGGCCCGCUCGCCUGGACCUUUGUCGCCAUCUACUGGAACGGUGCCAUCAUGGUCCCGCACCAGGACAGCCUGGUCGCCCGCGUCUUUGCCAACAUUUUCAUCUGGUCCCUCCUCGCCUUUGGCCUGUUCUUCCUCGGCGUCUACAAUGAUUACACCAUGAGCUUCUCGCUCUCCGUCCUCGCCGCCGCCAUUGGUGUUGCCCAGUUCACCCACCACAUUGUCGCCCUCCAGUGGAUCUUUGCCUUUACCAUCAUGGCCAUCCUCUUCCUCGCCACGCUCGGCGUUGCCGUGCCCGUCUGGACCGGCCGUGACAUUCGCUGGAGAAAGCGUACCGUGGACACGGAUGCCGAGCGCGCUCCUCUGCUCAACGAGUAA